UGCAGGAUAUCCUCUCAUCAACUUUGUCUUAUCCUCCUCCUCCUCCUUUCUCCUCUUCUUCUCUCUCUGCGUAGCUAACAGCGAAACCUAAUGAGAAAUCUCUUAUAUUUACUACUGGGGCUUUGGUUAGCCUCUGAAAUUAAAGCUCAGUGUAGCAGUGCUACUACAUGUAAUGAGUGUUAUGCUAUACCUGACUGUACUUGGUGCUCUGAUCCGAACUUCACUCCUACAGAAGGUCAGCCAAGAUGUGGAACUCGCGGUAGCCUUUCAUCAUACUGUAAUAUGAUUGAUGAUGUGCAGAGCUCUACCAUGUUGGAUGAAAGAGAAUUAAAUUCUGACAAUCAAAUAUCUAUUAAUAAAGCUACAGUUAAUCUAAGAGCUGGUGAUAGUCAAACAGUUAGCGUGUCCAUCGUACCUGCUGAGAACUUUCCUCUUGAUUUAUAUUUCUUGCUCGAUCUUUCAGCUUCUCUUGACGACGAUUUAGAUACCAUAAAGAGCAUCUCCCAAGACAUUGUUGAUGUAAUUAGGAACAUAUCGACUCGUUUUCAAGUUGGUUUCGGUACUUACGUCGACAAGUUAACGAUGCCCUAUAUCUCUAACAUUCAACUCCGGAAUGGCUGCCCUAACAUGCCAUGUGCACUCCCUUUCAGUUACGUUCACAAUAUAAACCUGACCAAUAACUCCGUUCUCUUUUCUAAUGGCUUCCAAAAUACUCAAAUAUCCACCAAUGCUGAUGACCCAGAAGGAACUUUUGAUGCCAUUUUUCAAGCAGCUCUCUGUGACUCUGUUGUCGGCUGGAGACCGAAUGCCAGGAAGAUUUUAUUGGUACUCACCGACGAUAGUGCCCACACAGCUGGAGAUGGGAAGCUUGCAGGAAUUGUGAGGCCUCCACCAUUUGAGUGUUUGACAACUCUUGAGGAAUCAACUGGAAGAAUAACUUAUACUAGCAACUUGUUAUAUGAUUUUCCAUCAGUUAAUCAGAUAAGGCAGGUUCUUACCGAAAACACUAUAGUACCAAUUUUCGCUGUCACUGAGACAAAUGUAAAGAUUUAUAAUGACAUUUCUUCUCUCCUUGAAGGAACUAAUGCCGCAACUGUAGCCAUAUCUAGCGAUUCGGAUAAUAUUAUCAAUGUUAUUGAGACUGCAUAUGAGGCAGCUGUCUCUAAUGUGGCAUUAUCAUUUGAAACACAGCCAGGUGUGACAAUAACUUAUGAAGCAACAUGCCCCGAAAAUGCCACUGCUAAUCCUAACGGUCGCUCUUGCUCAGGUGUCCUAGUUAACACUACAACAACUUUCAAUAUAAAUAUAAGACUUGACGGAUGUCCACAAGAACAAAACUUCACAAAGACCUUCACUAUGAGGGUUCCUGCUUAUGGUGCUUUUGAAAUUGAGGUUAAUGCCAUUUGUGCUUGUGACUGUCACCGAUUUGCUGUUGUUAAUAGUACACAGUGCAAUAGUAAUGGAACAUUUUCUUGUGGGGUCUGUGACUGUAAUGCAGGAUGGUCUGGUGAUAGAUGUGAUUGUCCUCAAGAAGAAGAACCCACUUGCCCCAUGUCUGGUGGUUCGGAGUGUCGUAACAGAGGGAGCUGUGACUGUGGGACCUGCAGGUGUACCGAGCCCAACUUUGUUCCUAUUAAUAAUGGAGACUUGUACAAUGUUACAAGAGUCAGUGCCACUGAUUCUGGAUAUGCUAUUGUGUCUGAGCAGCCAUUUGUCAAUGGUACUGCUUGCGAAUGUGACAACUUUUCUUGUCGGAGGAAUGGCUCCCAGUUUGUCUGCAGUGGAUCUACUAACGGUGAUUGUGUAUGUCGCAGUACUGGCCCAGUCUGUCAGUGUAAGACCAGUUCAUAUGGUGGGUUCCCCUUCACUGGUGAUGCCUGUCAGUGCAAUGUGGCCUACUGCUACGACCCCAGCGUCCCUUACAAUCCUAACACAACAAUGCCGUGUAGUGGACGUGGUUCAUGCUCCAGUUGCAAUCGUGAUCAACCCUGUGCCUGUGGGUUAGGGUUCACUGGCCGCUACUGUGAGAUUACUAGCAAUCCAGUCAGAGCCAGCUGCAAUGGGAACCGAGACUGCAUUAGGUGUAUUGCUGACAAUCCUAACUACCAAAAUGAAUGUCCAUGUCAAGCUACUGCUAACUUCCGAUACAGUAGACUACCUGCAGACAAUGAGGAUCAUGUAAUCACAGAUUCAGGUGCUGAUUCAAGCACCACUCAACGUUGUACUUUCACUACAGCUGACCCUUUCUGCACAUACGUCUAUCACAUAGCCUUGCCUCAGAUUGAUAUGCCAGGGGGCAGUUUUGUCGCCGUUGAACCCGAUGGAGCCUGUUUUCCGUUAAGGUGGUGGGAGCUUGCUCUCAUUUUGCUAGCAGUUCUCAUAUUGAUUGGUAUCCUCAUAAUAACCAUCAUAAAGAUUUGCUUCAUAUUGGCGGACCGAGCCGAAUGGAAGAAAUUUGAAAAAGAAGUUGCCGAAACAGAUUUAUCAAAGAAUUUUAAUCCACUGUACCACAGUCCAGCAGUGAAAUAUGAUAAUAUUGCUUUUGGAAAGGAAUGAGCUUUAAGACAAUAAUUUAACUCUAAUAUUUUUCUUUUGUUUUCCUUUCUCUCUCUCUCACUCUCAUAGUGGUAGUAUCAUAAUGAAUACAAUAGGCCUGCAGUUUAAGCAUUUGUGUUUUUGUGUUUUUAAAAAAAUAAAUUUUUAAUAAUUAUUACUAAAGAGAAA